AUGACGACUUUAAUCUUCGAUGAAGACGAGGUAGAAUUAGCCAGCAAAUCGGAGGUAAAGUAGACUUCCCUUGAGAAUAUUUUUUGGUUGUCUUUUGACAUACGGAUCGUGGUUUCGCCAAUAUGGCUCCCAUAUCGUUCUCAAGUACCACUGCCCUUGCCAACCAACAUCUGACAAAUACGGCUUUACAGGGUUUCCAACGUUUCGUAAAAAACACGCUCAACCUUGUAAAUGCUGUACGUGGUGGCUUUAGUUCGUGAAUGGUGGUCGUUUUAAGUGCACGCGGACACGGCACAUGAUUUUAGAUGUUUUGGGUUCAUCUCUGGCAAAAAAGCUGAGCAAAAUUAUGAUGUCCAGUGAGAGAUCGAAAGCAGAGAUCCAAGGCAUCCGCAGAUGUAGGUCGAUCUAUAAUCACCAAACAGUCCAGUAGUUUCUAGAUCAGAGUAAUCAUACAUAAUAUAAAAUGUAAACUUAAUGGGAACAGAAAAUUAAUGUCCUUUAAUUUGGGGUGUUGUAGUUUGAUUUUGUUCGCUUAAUUAAUCGGGAUGGGCAGAGUAGAAUGCUACAUUCAGCAAACCUGGCCGGGUGAAAAUUGUGUUAAUAGUCUUCAAUUGAUGGUUGAACUCUGUUGAACAUUGAGACUCGAUAAAGACAGGAAUAUUAUUCCUGUCUUUAUUGAGUCUCAAUGUUCAACUAGGGACUGAAACAGUUAAGAGAUUGACUAUACAAUCUCAGACAAAGGAAGUGAAUUAACCUUUACAUAUUUAUUGGUUUCAAAAACCUUCAUUGCAUUAAUUUCUUAUGCUCAAUUAUGUGCCAUUGCACUUCUUCCCUGGGAAAGAUGUACAAUCAUGGCAAUCUUAAUGAAUUGAUUAACCCUAAACUCUUUGCCAACUGGGCAGGUAAACCACUACCCCUCUUAGAUUCACACUUGGGACACAAUGACACAUUAACUUAUAAGGAGCUUAUGUUGCCAAUGUGAACAACAACAUAACGACAUAAACGUGAGUAAAACAAAAUAGAUGGUAGAGAAGACUCUACCUGUUGCAUUUGUCUUUGUUUCAAGUUUACAGAGAAGACAACACCAACGAAAGCUUCAAAACAUUUUGAUGGCUUUCACCGUUUUAUUUUUUUCAUUUUUUAUUUUUCAUGGAUUAUUUUUCAUUUUGUGGUGAAAGGGUUUUUCAUAAUAGACAGGGUAUUUCUGAACUAAUUCUGAUUGCAGUUCAUCAGUCCCAUCAACUGCAACAUCUCCACUAACAAUAUCCUCCCCUGAAGCUGCCACAUUGAGAAUCAUGCUUGAGGAAGACUACAUUUGAUAGUUUCAACAUGCUCUGUUUGGUUCUUUGUUAUGUCAUUAUGUUGAAGGUUGUUCACACUUGUUUUUACCAUGUCUAACGAAAAAAUAAGGACAGAAUGAUGGACAUAAACAUAACAUUGACAUAAUCAAUUUUAUUUCUUUUGUUUUUAUGUUGUUAUAUGUUGUUAUGUCAACAUCAUUGUUCACACUACAAACAUAACAACGUUACAUAACCACCUUCUUAUACUGUUCGGCUUAUGUCUUUAAGUCACAAGGGUGAACCAGGCUUUAGAGACAUGGUGGUUUCUUCUGUAGCCAAUUUCUAGUUCACAUCAUUCACCUGGCAACAGAUUGACAGCCCCUCCAAACCUCAACCCCCAAACACCCCUUUUAUAGCAUCCCCAAGAUUUUAUCAGGUUGGCUCUAGUGUUAAAAUAUCAUAAUAAUUCUGCAGUACACAUAUGUUUCUAAUUUAUUAUUAUAUAUUAUAGUUUUACCACAGGCAGACCCAAGUCUAGACUCAAGUCCGGACAAAGAGUUUUCAAAAGCAGUGAUUUGCAUAAAGUAAAAGACUGCAUGAAUUAUUUACAAAAAUUUUACCCAGAUGUAGACAUUAAAUAAUUGCCUGGAUUGCAGGCAUAACAAUAAUAUCAGCAUACUGCUCUCUUGUGACAUGAAUUUGGGCUACUGAAUCAUUUCAGAUACUGAACCCAAGAGAAAUUAUUGCCUUCAAUUCAUCAGUAUCUUCAUUGUAGGGAACAUGUCCAUUAGCUGCUGGAGAUUUAGGUGAUAGCUCAACUGUCUUAAAUGGAUCAGCAUCCAUUGACGUUCCCUCAGGUUCUUCUAAUGCCAGCCAGCAGUUCACCCUGAUAGCAGCUGCAAUUCCCUCUACAGGUAAGCUGUGCUACUAUGUAAAAAUAACUGUUUGUCACCUCUUACCUGGCAUUAACUACAUUAGGAGAUUUAAUAUAAGAAACCAAAGGUUUCAGAAAUGGAAAUUAUGAUGUAAAAUGUAUGACAGUGAGGGUCACAUUAUAUACUGUACUAUGCCAGCUGUUACUUGUAACUCUCAUGCAUUAUGUGUCAGUCUCACGCCUGUGGACUUAUGAAGACAUUGAUCUUGAUCUCUUGACAAUUUCUCACACUUGACUCUCAAAUGUGCUCACUGUUCAUUUCAUGUCCUGCAUGUAACACUAAACUUGUUGCCUUUGAAAUAGCAUUUGAAGUGAUCAAAGAGUUGUUAAAACAUCUUGAUUUUGGGCAAUGUUUGGAAGUGUUCAGAAAGUCUUUGCUCUGAUUUUUUUGGAAAUUCUGGUCAUGACAAGACAAAAGUCUCAUGUAUUUGAGUCAGAAAAAGUUGCAAGGUAUACUUUUCUUGUAUAAUCUUCAAUGACAACAAUAAUAAUAAUAAUAAUCAUUAUUAUACAUUGUACUCAUUAUCUUUCUUCUCAUUGGCUAACAGCCUACUUUCCAGCUAAUUUUGGAAAUCAGUGUAACCUACAGAUUAGUUAGCUGCUAGUAGAUAACUGACUAAUCUGUAGGUUGCACGUGCAAUGCAUGAUUUCCAAUAACAACAUCAAUUCUGGUUCCUUGCCACAGUGUGUUUGUUGUUGUUUUCUUCAAAACAAUGUAUUAUUAUAAGACAAUUAUUAUUAUUGUAUACAUUCGGUUCUUGUGAUAUCCGGAAUAACAAACUCAGUAAGUGCUAUCAGCCUUGGCUUUCAGGCUCUUCUGAUAACACUUCCCUCGACUUUGAUUAUUCUGGAUAUCACAAAAACCAGCUCAUCCAAUAAUAAUUAUCAUAUCAUCAUCAUUAUCACAUGUUUUAGAAAAGCUGCUCAAUGAGUUGGUGAGACAGACCCAAGAAAAUGCAGUUCUUCUUCGUCAAGCACUGACUGAACUGCAUGAGUUGAAACAACAAGUACAAUGUCAAAGAAAGAUUCCCUUUACAGUCAAAACAUGUGGUUUUGAGGUAUAGUGUGGUGUACAUGAUGGUCCAUUAUAAUUAAAUAUUCAAGUAAUUAUGAAAGAUCAACAGUUAGAUGAUCCGUAGGGAUAAAUCAGGGUGUAUAGUAAUAUUGAUCAACAGUGUUCAUGUUUGGCAGCUGCAGUGUUUUUUUAAACAAGUUGCCUGGGAAAGAAAAGGUGGCCAUGGUAGCCUCUUGAAAGAGAAGUAGGGUUAAGGCAUUAUAAUUUAAUGUUUUGAUCCAUCAUUGCACAACCUUGCUGCAGUUAAUCCUAUAUAAACUCAGCUGCCGAGUCAAUUUUGCCGGGCUAUAAUUUUGUUUUUAACAAACUAAAUAACAGAAGAACAAAACGUUUUUGGGGCUAGUUGAAAUGACAUCUGGGCUAGUAAACAGCCAAUCAGAAAUGAUUUUCUUUGAUCCCUAUCCUCGGUAACAGCCAAUCAGAGUUGAUCCAAACAAUUCCUACUGUUGAGUGACCAGUGAGAGAACUUCCCAAGAUCGGGUGAAAUACUAUUUUGUAAUAGGAUACUGUAACACAACAAUAUUAUUUUAACAAUGAAUGCUUUUACACAUUAUUUCUUUUGUGCAUGUAACCAAGGCAAAUUAGCCAACUGGGUUCUUUCAUACUUUUUGUUGUCUUACUUUACGACUUUUGUUUAACAGCGAGAACUGGUGCUUAAAGCAAAGGAGGUAUUUGUUACUCAUGGACCAUGGCUUGUCCAAGGGGCUUUGGAAAAAUUAAAGGUAUUUCUUCUUCUUCUUCCAUGGAACCCCACCUCCUUCAAAAAUGAAGAUCUGUUCUUGUGGGGGGUCUUAAAAAAAGUAAAUAAAUAAAUAAAUAAAUACACUAAGGAAAAAAUAAACAAAUGUUAAUUAAUUAAUAUUAAAACAAAAGGGUUGCAGUCAUUUUAAAAGGGUCCAAGUUCGGCAGCACAUUUUAUGGAGGACGUGGACAUACGAUGACAAAUUUUCCUUCCUUUCUUUUAACUUGAAUAAAAUCCUUAAGAAUUCAACUCCAGGAAAAGUCGUCUGAAUUUGACAUAUUGAGCGGGUGCAAAUAGACCUGAUUAAGUCUGAAAGAAUGCAAAUUCAUUUUUUAGUGAAGUUUUCACUUCGUUCGUCGUCGUCAUUGCGGGAAACACACUGGUGCUGGGCAAGCGAAAUAUGAGAGCUGACUGACUGAAUAGAUUCUUAUACUACCAGCCGAUAUUUCUAUAUAUUUCUCCUUAUUUAUUGGCCCCUUUGUUUUCAGGAAGAGAUAGCAACCUUAUUAGGAGGAACAGAAAAGGUUGAUGCCCACCAUGUGACAAGUUGUGUUUCAUACUGCAAAGAAAAAUAUACAUUAUGGAGAGCGGAUAUCAGAAAAAAGGUUCUAAGAACUAAUAUUUGUGAAAGAUAUGACAUAAUUAUAUAUAAUUAUCAUGAUCAACAUCAUCAUUAUCUCCUUAAUUCGUACAGGUUUUCAUUGCAGACUUUUGUAAAGUUUUGACGCUGCAUGGGAUUCCUGUUUCCUUCAAGUUACUUUCUUUCCCCCACAGCUCCAAAAAUGACUGGUAGUAGGGUACAUGUAUUUUUGUCGUUGUCAUCCAAAGUCUACUUGGGUAUUCCCCUUGCAAGCUCUUGACAUUUUUGGUUUCUCUCUCUUUUGCAUUCAAUAUUCCUAUGACCAGGUGCUGCAAUGUCUGCACAUGAUAACGGCUUCAUUGUUUUUCUGUCAGUAGUUGUCUACACGUACAUGUAUGUUUAUUUUUGGAGCUUUUUCAUGCAUUAGAAAAAAAUGACAGUUAUUUGUAAUUUUCUCUUCUUAUGCUUUGGAUUCAGGUACUCAACAGGAAGUUGAACCACUUGAAUAUAUCUGAGUUUACAGCUAAACUGUAUGCACCAUUCAAAAGCAAGGAGGAAGACAUGAAAAAUGCUGCUAAAACUGCAAUGCUACUGGUAAAACAUGUUUUCUUACUGUUGAAAAAAUUAGUAAAACACAAGUACAGUUUUGCCUUUAUUAUCAAUGGAAACUUUAAAACUUUCCUUAACUCAUUCCCUAGUACACAUUACAAGGAUCAAAGUUUUUCUUACUUUUAUAAGAAAAUUUUGCUGAAUGAUUUUUUGUGUUUUAUUAUCAAUGCUUAACAUCUAAUGGAAUAUUUCUUGCUUACACCUGUAGCGCAAAUUUGCUUGUGAAAACGGAUAUUUUGAAAACACGACAAAGGCAGACUUCUGGGACAAGUUUGUAGAGUUUGCUAACUCGUGGAACAAGAUUGGUAUUCCAAACAAGUGGGCAGCAUUAAAAGUAGAAGACGAGUCGAAGUACAAUGAAUCCCUGGAAACAACUAAAGCAUAGUGACAUGAAAAAGUGAAAGUGUAAAGCCUUGGAAUCAUUCUGAUCUUUGCACGGGGCUAUACUAUUCAAUGCACAGUUUAAUAUACAGUGUAUAUUACUGUUUGUAUGUAUGUAUAGUGUAUGUAAUAUAUCCAGCAUGAGAUGCAGUGUUUCAUCACCAGUUCUCAAACUCAUUAAUAAUUCAUAAAGAAAAUUCAAAGGAAAUUAAUGUUUAAUGAGUGUUUGGAUAUUGGAUGAAAAACUGCUCAUUUUUGCAUCCUUAAUUUCUCCUUCAAAAAUGAUUUUGUUUGAGAAGAAAUAUCAAACAUUCGACACAAUGU